CAUGCUCUCACUCUCACUCUCACCCACCCUCUCUCCUCUCCUAUAUUAACCCCCCUAUUCUCCUCUCCACUCCUUGCCACACUCCUCUCUUCCUCCCUCCAUUGCCAGAUUCAAUCUUCUUCUCCAGGAAAAAUAUGAAGGUAAUCGACAAAAUCAAAGCGUCGGAAUCCUCAAACCAAAUCCUCUUCUCUUUUGAAUACUUCCCCCCUAAAACCGACGAUGGAGUCGAAAAUCUUUUCGAUAGAAUGGAACGAAUGGUUUCACACUCCCCUUCCUUUUGCGACAUUACUUGGGGUGCUGGUGGAUCUACUGCCGAUCUUACCCUAGAAAUCGCAAAUCGUAUGCAGAACACUGUUUGUGUUGAGACUAUGAUGCACUUGACUUGUACUAAUAUGCCUGUUGAGAAGAUCGAUCAUGCUCUUGAUACUAUCAAGGCAAAUGGGUUGCAAAACGUUCUUGCUCUUCGUGGGGAUCCACCCCAUGGACAGGACAAGUUUGUUCAGGUUGAAGGCGGAUUCGCUUGCGCGCUUGAUCUUGUUAAUCAUAUGAGGAGCAAGUAUGGGGAUUACUUUGGGAUUACUGUUGCUGGUUAUCCAGAGGCACAUCCUGAUGCUAUUGAAGAGAAUGGUUUGGCUACUCCAGAAUCAUAUGCUAGUGAUCUGGCUUACUUAAAGAAAAAGGUUGAUGCUGGUGCUGAUCUUAUCGUCACUCAGCUGUUUUAUGAUACCGAUGUUUUUCUGAAGUUUGUUAAUGAUUGCCGCCAAAUUGGAAUUAAUUGUCCAAUUGUUCCUGGCAUCAUGCCCAUAAAUAACUACAAAGGAUUUAUACGUAUGACUGGUUUCUGUAAAACAAAGAUUCCUCAAGAGGUCACUGAUGCAUUGGAGCCAAUUAAGGACAAUGACGAAGCAGUGAAAGCCUAUGGUAUUCAUCUUGGAACUGAAAUGUGCAAGAAGAUUUUGGCUAGUGGAAUCAAGCAGUUGCAUCUUUAUACCUUGAACAUGGACAAAUCUGCACUAGGAAUACUCCUGAAUCUUGGAUUGAUUGAAGAGUCCAAAAUUCAAAGGCCAUUACCUUGGAAACGGCCAGCAAAUGUUAACCGUACUAAGGAAGAUGUUAGACCCAUAUUUUGGGCUAACCGUCCAAAAAGCUACAUCUCUCGAACAAUGGGAUGGGAUCAAUACCCACAAGGGCGAUGGGGUGAUGCUCGUAAUGCUUCUUAUGGAGCAUUAAGUGACCAUCAGUUUAUGAGACCUCGUGCACGUGACAAGAAGCUGCAAGAAGAGUGGGCUGUCCCGCUGCAAAACAUUGAAGAUAUAUACGAGAUGUUCAAGAACUUUUGCCUUGGUAAGCUGAGAAGCAAUCCUUGGUCUGAACUAGAUGGGCUUCAGCCAGAAACUAAAAUCAUAGAUGAACAACUUGGCAACAUUAAUAAGAAGGGUUUCCUCACCAUCAACAGCCAACCGGCAGUUAAUGGAGAAAGAUCAGACUCCCCUACUGUUGGAUGGGGUGGGCCUGGUGGAUAUGUAUACCAGAAGGCAUAUGUAGAAUUCUUUUGCUCGAAGGAGAAGUUGAACGCGCUUGUUGAAAAAUGCAAAGCUCUCAAACACAUAACCUACAUGGCAGUAAACAAAGGAGGAGAUUGGAUCUCAAAUGUAGCUCAAACUGGUGUGAACGCCGUGACAUGGGGAGUGCUCCCUGCAAAGGAGGUUAUACAACCAACUGUCGUGGAUCCUGCCAGCUUUAUGAUCUGGAAAGACGAGGCAUUUGAGAUCUGGUCAAGAUCGUGGGCUAAAUUGUACCCAGAGGGUGACUCGUCCAAGACACUGCUCGAACAGGUGCAAAACAACUACUACUUGGUCAGCUUGGUUGACAAUGAUUACAUCAAUGGUGAUCUGUUUUCUGUUUUCACCGAUCUUUGAGAUGAUAAUAUGUUACUGCUACGUUAUUUGCUCUAUUCGUUUAGUGAUGUAUUGUAUACCAUUGGCCAAAAACCUUGUCCACUGUUCCCUCUAUUAUUAUUAGAUUUAGUUGAGUUUGUAAUGCCAUAACCUUGUGGGAUUUUGCGAUCCUCCAAGCCUCCCAAUGCAAAUUGCAUGGUGAGUUCUUCUUCUGCUUAAUGUUGUAUUUUAUUCGAGUUAUAUUAUAUAAGCAUCUGGUUCUGGCUUUUUGGCGA